AAUACAUUGCAUUAACUGCUGUCAACAAAGCCCUGUUUCUCUAUACAUGCUAUAGGCUUGGAACACGGGAAGCAUAACAUGUAAGUUUCUUUUGUCAAUCUUUAGCUAUCACAGGCUUGCAUUGACACUAACUGCUCUUUGGAAGUACAUUUGAAAUUGAUGACUGUGCAGUUUUCAUUGUCCCUGUAAUACCUGUACAUGUUUUUUUAGUUUAUGACAUGUUUACGGCACAGCUCACCAGGUGUAGACCAUUUAGACACGCUUGGCUUCCUGGUGAGAAUUGUUUAGAAAAUACAGUUUUUCUCACCACGAUAGUGAGAUUUGAACUUUGAACUGAUGAGUCUGUAGCUAGAAAGAUUUCCUUGUCAGCAGUAGUCUAGCUUGGCCUUGAAGUGACAUCUCAGUGUUUACAGCUGAAACUUUCCAAUGAGUGCUCCUGCUUAAAAUGCCAUCAUAUUUACCUGUUUUACUGAAGAUGACAGAAGCCGCGUGCCCCUGGUGAGAUGAGCGUGACCUAAUUACCUGGUCCGUCAUCGGAGUCGGAGCAGGCUGCUUCUGCAGCCACAUUCCAGCCUCCAUCACCUGUCCCAUGGAGAGCAUCCCCCAUGCCGGCUCACUGCUCACAUCUAUCGGUACCGUGGUGUGUGUGGUGACAUUGUUGACACUAUGUGUUCCCGCUCAUGCCGUCUCCACUGUCUCCCUGACAAGCACGCCCCUUUCGGACACGCCCCUCUCCACAACCAUACAGCCCAGUUUCAGCUCCAGCCUGCACCAAGGAUCAAGCAUCACAUUUACAAUUCUGUCUAGCAGUCUUCAGACACAUGGCUCAGCGGAGAUCACAGACCUGUUCCAUGUUUCGCCCUCAAGUGACACAUACGCCACGGUGACAGGUGACACUUUUGGUCAGCUGUUUGUGACCAGCUCUGCGAGUCUGUCAGUUGAACCUGACAUCCACCAUGUCAGCAGCUUACCUAGCUCUCAAUCUGACUCUCUCAGUGCAAUCUCAUCCACCACCCUGGUGUUGGAACCUGCCCGUCCCACCCUGUUGCCAUCAGUGGUAGAGUCCACAACAGUACCUGGAUCGUCUUUUUCUCCAGAAGUAGGGGGUAUGAACAAAUCAACAACUACAGUUAAUUCGCAAAGGAGUACAGGUUUGAGUAAUGACACAGUUACAAAAACGACGUUGGAUGGUAUUGGAGGGGGGACAACAACGACCACAUCCCCAGGUUUUGGUAACGGUAGCUGUUCAGGCAACAACACUGGAUGUCCAGAGUACAAUGGCCGCCUCAAUAUGGAACUGUCUACUCCAGCUAUCAUAGGUAUUGCAGUAGGGGCUGCAGUCCUUGUUAUUGUUGUAGCAUGCAUGCUGAUCUUCAUGUGUCGCCGCCGCCGGACAUUAUCAGGGUCAAAGGCCGAUCUGUCUACCUACUGGGAUGACAAUGUGACCCUCAGCUACAUCAACGGACAUCUUGAUUACCCCAAGGAUCUGAGUGAUGAGAUGGUUUCAUUGGACAAUGAUUCCUUCCUGAACAGCCUGGACAGCAUGUCUUUCUCCAACAUGUGGGCUGCUGAGAACGCUAAACACACUAACUUCUGACACAUGCAAAAUAGGCCCAUCUCAACAUGUGGGCCGCUGAGAACGCCAAACAUACUAACUUCAGACACAUGCAAAAUUGCCCCAUCUCAACAGACAACCCACUGAUUAACGCUAAACACUCCAACUUCUGACACCUGUAGAACAUGCAGGUCAACAUUUCUCUUGUUUUCGUCAUUGGAAUCGCAUGUUCCGUGAAACUAGUUAAGACCUGUGUUUGGCAUGUGUGAAAUGAUCUGUAUGUGGUAAUGUGUCCAUGGUAACCAGUCCUGGGUUCUGAGAUGAAUAAUAAUUUUAUAGAACAUUGCCUUCUGGAUCUGUGCAUCAUUUGUCAACAGAUGCCAUUUUUGUGAGAAUGGUAACAAGGUCUUGGAAAGAGUUGCACUGAGGUGUUAAUUUACGCUGAAGUAAAUCAUGUGGCUUUAUGGAUGUGAAAGUCACUGGUAUCAAAUUUGUUACCUUUUAGCCAGUGUUCUUGGGAAGCCUUGGAACAAGUACUUUGAAGAACAAUAGAACCAGUACUUUAAGGACAUUUGAGCAAGUACUUGAAGGACAUUUGAGCAAGUACUUGAAGGACAUUUGAGCGAGUACUUGAAGGACAUUUGAGCGAGUACUUGAAGGACAUUUGAGCGAGUACUUGAAGGACAUUUGAGCAAGUACUUGAAGGACAUUUGAGCAAGUACUUGAAGGACAUUUGAGCAAGUACUUGAAGGACAUUUGAGCGAGUACUUGAAGGACAUUUGAGCGAGUACUUGAAGGACAUUUGAGCGAGUACUUGAAGGACAUUUGAGCGAGUACCUUGUACCUUGGAACAAAUACUGUGAUGGACAUUUUACCAAGUACUUCCACAUUUGAGCAGGAGCUUCGAAAUCAGAAAGACAUGUUCCCAGAUUGGCAAAGUCUUACAGUGAGUGUAAUACACAUGUUGUUGAAGACAAAUGUUGAAAUACAUGGAUUCUCACACUGUGGUCUUGAGAUUGGUGAAACAAGAACCCUUGUGUGUCCUGAGUUGAUGACCAAGUUAUGCAGUAUGUCCACAAUAUGCUAGUCUAUGUGAUUGAUCAGGGCUGUUGAACAAAACACAACAGCCCUGAUGGUGGAUAUGUCCUAUUCCGAUGGUGCUGAUGUAUGCAGAUGUGAGUGAUGGAGGUCACACAGACCUACAUGAGAGAUGAGUUGUUUAUGUUGUUCAAGGUUGAAGCUAGGGCAACUUCUAGGGCAACUGUUGUUCAACAAGGAACAUUCACAGUGAGAUCAUGUCAGAAUCUCAAAAAAUAAACAUAUCAUAGACAUCCUAUCAAAACAAUGUUAGAUAAAGCAUUACUAUGAAUAUAUAACAUGUAAGAAACUGCAGUCUUUUAAAAGCCAGGGAACAGUGUCAAAUUUCAAAGGUUUGAAAUUGUUGGAAAUGUAUAAAAAUGAGAUGAGCAGUAAACUGCAUUUCCAAAACAACUGCUAUGAAAAACCUGUUGUGUUUAUGCAUAAGUGAAAAGAUCUGUUAUUUUGGGCAAAUUCACCAAGAUGAAAUGCUUCGAAGAUUUGAAUGUGUUCCCUGGCUCUUGUAAAGCUGGUAUAUAGUUUAAGUUUGAGGCAAAUAAUACCAUUUGGAAAGAAGUUAAGUAUAUGUUAGUUUGACAAUUCUAUGUGCCAAGAUUUGCCACUUCAGGAUAAUAUUAAUCUUGAGAAGUUAUUUAUGAAAAAUGUUUAGAUUACUACAACUGCUAAUGAUAUGAACUUGAUAUAUACGAGAUAUUUAUUAGCCUUGUUAAGCAUUAUUGAUGACAAUGUGCAAAGUGUUUCAGCUAAUACAGUAGAUAUAUAGGCCAGUCAGUAGCAAGAAUUAUUUACAGAGUUUUUUGUAUAAUUUUCUCUCUUUGUUUCUGAUGUUUUGAAGAACAAAACUAUUACUGGUUGUGAAAGUAUUGAUCUUACAAGUGAUUAGUGCUGUUUUCCCAAUUCUGCAUUGAUCAGUACAUCAGUCUGACAAUGUAAGCAUAAUUUUGUCCAUCCAUUUUAGUUUAUUAAGAUGGUCAGUUAUUUUACCAUUUCAAGCAAAACUGAUCUUAUGUUACUUAACCUUGCAUUUCUUAACCCCCAAAAUAAAUGAUUUUUAUCAACAAUUAUUCUGAAAAGAUUGCAAGAAGCAAAUCAAGACCACAUCAACAGGGUCAGUCUUUCCUUAACCCAUUGGCUAAACAUUAAAGAGAGAUAACUCUAAUAGUCCUGCCUGUCAAAUUAAUCAGCCUUCUGAGUACAUCAUUAAUCAUAUGUUUUCAAUCGCAGUAAAUUCAUGCAAACUUGUUUAGAGACGUAUAUUCAAGAUGUCAAAACGUUGAAAUCAUUUUGUUUAACCUGUUUGUGCAUCUUUUGAUGUUUCAAUGCAGUGAAUCGUCAUGGUUAUAGUACCUGUUUUCUGCUCUUUAUGCAGUUUGAGCUCGAUGCAAAGGAACUUUGAUUUACGGAAAAUUGUGCAAUAGGUAUUGUAUUGUUAAUAUCUUGAUUACAGUUGGAUUUUAUUCAGAAUUUGGCAAUGUGUGUGAGUAUAUUCUGAGAGUUUACAUUUGAAGCAUUUAAGGAUUAGGUAAUAGAUUGUAUGUAUGGGAGAUUCGUGUUCGGGUUUAAAUGUGUAAAUGAUGUGUAGGCAGUCGUUCACAUAGUCAGUCCAUCGCCCAACUCACUUGUUACAUAUAUAUGCAGCACAGUAUUUUUAUAGAAGUGAAACCCUGUAUUGUGUGUGUGUCACCCUAUGAUGAGUGUUGUACCACAUCGGAUCUCAUCAUUCCAUAUUCCCCUCAUGAUCAUCUUCCCAUGUGUCCGUCAUAUGCAUAAUAAUUCUCACAACAACAUGAACUUUGAUACCUUGAGUAGUUGAGUAUACCCUAUAGGUGGUAUGUUGUCCUUUUGUCAAGAUAUGAAUCACGUCUUUGAUAGGCAUUUAGAAGUUGGCAGAACAUGAACACAAGAAACUAAUUGUGGAUAUCAAUUUAUUAAUUGUCAGGGCUAAUUCUUGACCCUUCGUCAGAUCAAUGACUUGUGUUCGCGGUAGGACUCUUUUGCAGAGAUUGUGUCUGCAGCAAUCUGGAUACAGUCUGUGCCGAAAUCUUUUUAAGUCAACCAUCGGAAAUUGACCUUUUGGCAUCCAUUUCUGUACAUUUAAGUGUUAGUAUAUGGACUAUCAUUUCCUAAGCCUCCUAGACCGAAAGAAUUUUUUUCUUGAUGCAGGCUUUGAAUUGGUGGCAUACUUUAUUUUGAGUAAGUUAGUAUAUAGAUAUUUUACCAUGAUCGACAAAGUUAAUGUUACCAUUAACGAAUGAAAAUGAAUCCAAACCAAUUUAAUUUCUUGUUUUAUAUAUUUUCAUGGACAAUGCCAAGAAGCAAUCUUUAAAUAAAAGCUGUAUGCAAAAUGCAAACCAUAUUGUGUUUUAGAAAUAGUAUAUUUUCAAUGAAACGCAGCAUUUAGAUUAGUUUCACUAUUGCAAGACAAGAAAAUAGCUUGCCUGGUCUUAGUGAGAAAGGUUAGGUUUACAACAAGCAAAGGUAACAGAUUGUUGGAUAGACCUGAUCUUUAAGUUGUCAAUAUGAAAUAGACUCAAACAAGAUGACAUUUUCGCAAUUUGUCUGACAUUUGGCUAACAUCUUUUAAGGUUUUUGUUUUUGUUUCUAUCGUUAUCAUAAUGGUUAUAUCAACAUUUUACAAAUAAUUAUAAAGUUAUUUAGUGGUACUCUGUCAUACAAGCAACUUACUGAGAAGCAAUUUUGGUGUCGCCUACCAUGGCCUCUCUCAUUAUCUUUGUUAAUAGAAUAACCAUUUAGCUGAAAUUUUAGUUAUCAGUAUUCACUGAGUUUGGUCUCAUAUGUGCCAUAUUUCUGAAAUCAAACGUUUUGUUCAAUGUUAUUGUAAAACUCAAACGACUUAGGACUGGUAUGUUCGAUGUCAGUGUUGAAGUUUUCCUGCAUGGUGCUUUUGUUUCAAUAUGUAUAGUCCUAGAUAAAAGUAAGUAGCAAGUGUAGAGGAUGGUAGUUGACCACUCACACAGUACAAUAUGUUGCCAAUAUUUACAAACAAAUAACAUUUGUGAUGACUGAUUCCAAGAAUUUGGAAUGAAUCCUUAUUUUGCAAAGUCAUUGUCAUUACAACUUAUCACCACAUCUGUAUAUAACAUGUAAUUUCAUUCAUAUUGGAUCAUUCCACAAGAUCAUAUCAUACAAUAAACUCAUUCCUCGUCACCUGAGAAUAUGAAGGAUGGAGCUGGCCUAAGGACAAGGUGAACUUGCUGAUGAUGCAUCAUGCAAUGUCCGCUCGCUCACUCACUCACUCACUCACUCACUCACUCACUCUGAGCAGUGGCCCUCAUCACCUGGGGAAGUGUGGACAAGAUGAUCAAUGAUUUGUCUAUGAGACGAAGGCUCCUGACACUUACAGUCUCGAAGGUUUUCCUAUGGUAGGGAAUGUUAACUGUGUGGCCUUCAUGGGGUAUUAUGAUAAUAUUAUAAUUCCUUAAAAAUUGCUGGCAUGUUCAAAGGAACAAAGUAUUUAUCAGCAUUAGUAAUUGGCACUAGUCCAGUAGUCCUUGCAAAAUUACCCAACAAGGUGUCAUAAGGACUAGUAAAAAUUUGCCAUUAUUAAUUGUUUUGCUAGAUGUUAUUAUGUGGACUAAAAGUGUCAGGACAGCAGUGUGGACUUGAAGCAGGUCCAGCUUUAGUUUCUUCUCUCAUUGAUAACUCCAUUUAAUAUCAUCUUUAUUAUUGUCAAACGAGGAUUAUACAAAGAGCCUUGAAACUAUAUCUUGAAAAUGAAUAGCAUAGAUAUGAUUUUGAAGACUUUGUGAUAACUUUAUGAUUGAACAUCUUGUUCCUUCUUCCUGUUGUGAUCAGGGAGGAUAUUGAAAGCAAUGGCCAGACCAGAUUAGUUUGUUUAUUUUGGAAUGUUUUCUUUGUCAAAUCGCCAAUAGGUUUUGACAGGGUUGAUUUGAGUUGAUUUUUUUAAGUAUCUUAAACGAGUGUUUGCCAAAGGCCUUGUUGAUUUACAUUUUAUCAACAUAUGUGAAUAUCUUUAAGCUCCAAGCUUCUGUUCCAACUUUGUCAAGCCUGUUUUAAGAAGUUUUGCUUUUUCAUUCCACACUUGCUCUUAACAUUUAUGUGUACGACCUUUAUAUGGAAAUAUCAGAAAUUAGUCUGGCCUCAAAAUCAUUUGACAGUGUUCUUGCAGGCUAAAAUGCAUGAUUCCAUCAUUCUCAGUGUUUCCCUAGUGUGUACUUGUCCACCUAUUAUUUACCAAAGACUGGAUCCUAACCCAGAUGCAUAUCAGACUUAUAAAUGCAAUAUACAGUGUAUAAGUGUUUUGUCAAUGUCAACUAUGUGUCCAUCCCAUCGUUCCCAUGGUUACCCUUUGUCUUGUUGUCUUCCUGUGGCAUAAUAUGGCACUUUGUUUAAGGCCUUGUUGAUUUUCAUUUUAUCAGAAUAUAUAUAUAUUUAACUUUUUAUGCUUCCAGUUUUUAUUCCAACUUCGACAAGCCUAAAUCUUUUAAGCGCUGCAUAUUCAUUCCAAACACUCUCUUAACAAUAAUGUGGGCAACCUUUAUGAAGUAUUAAGAUUUGAAAUAAUGGCUUCCAUGUGGAAUAUGAAUAAUUGUUGAUUGAUUAUUGUUGCUAUUAGUGAUGGUUAAAUAAAUAUAGUUACAGAUCAACAUCACAUGAACAUUUCAAGGCAUGCAAGCUAGGAAGGCUGCAUCCUUUUGUAUCAGCUUCAGGGCUGGAGUUGUUUUUUAAAGCAGCAAUAUUUUGAUUCCAGUUUUAUUUCAGGUAAAACUUUGAAUCAGGCAAAAUCAGUGGAGGAGAUUGUUGAGUAGUCUGAAAAACGAUUAAUUUCAGUGAAAUGAAAUAAGUAUCAGUAACAGAAAUUGGCGUCAUAUGUUUGUCAUUGCAGACACAUUUGAGUUUUAUGUCCGAUGCAAUUUCCUAUUUUCACUUGUACCAUAUGUUCCCAUGUUUUUUCAGGUGAACAAUUGACUUGCCUUUGCAUGUGUUUGUGAUGUGCACCACCGGAGGGGCAGGAUAUGCUUACCUUUUUUGCGAAAAACAUCUGGUAUCAUUACUAUUUGAUAGUGAUUCAUAAACACAUGCUCAAGAUACAGUCGGAAUCGUACAAUCGACUAUUUCUAUUGGAUAUGGAAAGGGGUUGGCCCUAUAUUUAUAGAAAUCGCUUCCACUGGUUUUGAGCCCUGUAGCUACGUGCGAGAUAUGUGCUUUUUCUUUGUAAUUUCUAAUUCAAUUCAGUGCAGAAUUUUGUUGAAGAUUGCUUUCAGUUAAGGAUCCUGGAUAUAUAUACAUACAGACAUUGCUUCAAGCUAAGGAUCUUGGAUAUGUAUAAGUAAAGAGAUUCUUUCAUUGUUUAUCAACAUGAUGAUAGUUGAAUCUCAUUCAAUAGAACAUCCAUUGUACUCCUCAUAGCAUUAGGUUUUAGUGUAUUUUCAUAACCUGACCUUGCACUGCAAAUUUACAGAAUAGAUCUACCGGGUAAAUGCAUCCAGUAUUGUUGUCAAGUGAGUAUUCAGAUAUAAAGAUGUAGAGUUAUGUUGUGAUCCUAUUGUUUUAUGGUUAUUUACUGUGUUGUUUGGGUUUUCAUUCCAUGAUGCUCUGGAUUUUCCAUUUUGCUUAUUUCUGGGUUGUGAUUGUUCUCGUUACUCUACAGGUUUGUUUAAGCCUAGUUUUAUUGUCAAUUGUGUGUACAUUUGUAUCAUGUUUUGUGAGUGGAUCUGAAGCAAGACUUGAUCUGAAUUGGGUUUAUUCAUAAUUUAGGUAAGAACAAAGAUGCAGUUGUAUUUAAACAUGUACCUGUAUGUUUCCUUUUGUAAAAAGUGAUACCAUUAAAGAAUAUUUUAGGUGUAAAAUGUUCCAAAUGAAAAUGAUUAUCAUAAAAUACGGAAUUUUGUCAUUUGUUAGAUUUUGUAGAUCUCAACAACUAUGUAAUUUCGCUGAAUUAUUUUGAUUUAAAUUUCUCAUGUUUUGAUGAAUACACCUCUUUAUCAAAUAGGACAGUCAAGAUCAAUGUGCUGGUCCAAACCAGGAAUAUUUUAUCUUGCAGUAAUGUGGUCAAGAUGCGUGAAACCACCCAUCCCUUUAUCGUGUCAGUUAAAUAAUUCAGGAAUAGUAACCUUUAGAAAACAGAUUAGUUCUACAGCUUGAGAUGUUGUUUGUAUGCUGCAGCUCGAUGAAAUCUCCACUGCAAUCCAUGCAAGUGGUAAUAUUUGUAACUGCACACCAGGGGAAGAAGAACAUAAACUGCUCCACCACAUAUGCAACAUGUCCAGAUUAAACUCAGCCUGAGGCCUUUAUGCAGUGAUGAAACGUUUCUUGUAUUUUAUGCAUGAGGUCUGUGUCUAUGAGCUUAUGCUAAACUAUUCACAUCUUGGUUACAGUUGUCACUCGAUUCUUGUCAGCAGGAAGUGCUGUUCAUUAUUUUCUCAAAUAUUGCAUAAUCAGCGUUUACAUUGUCUUGUUUUUGUUGUCUUCCAAGUCAGUCAUUUGGAAAGUUAUAUAUGUUAUUAGUAUAGUUAUAGAUUCUUUGAAAGCAGGGGCAGUCGGGUAGCCUAGUGGUUAAAGCGCUCGCUCGUCAUGCCGAAGACCCGGGUUUGAUUCCCGACAUGGGAACAAUGUGUGAAGCCCAUUUCUGGUGUCCCCAUCGUGAUAUUGCUGGAAUAUUGCUAAAAGCGGUGUAAAACCAUUCUCACUCACUCACUCACUCACUCACUCACUCACUCACUUUGAAAGCAUGGUAGUGAAAACUAAUACUUUAAAUUUGAAUCAAGAUCAGGUAUUGUCUGCAAAUCUCACAGAAGGCAGCUGGAUUAAGAGCAUAUUACAUGCUCCAAAGUAAAUUGAUCCGCUUGUCACUUGUUGCUGUGGCUUGGAGCAAGUGAUGAAUCUUUUUUAGUUUGUUUACUAUGUAAGAAUCGUGUGUGGACACAGGUGGCUCAGUUGUUUAAAUCUCACAAUUUGUUGUGCAGAGCUGUGUCCAUUAAGCACGUCUGAAACCUAUGCUCAUAGGUUCAUUCAUCUCUCCGAGGCAAGGGAGAUAACUGAUUUUAAAAGUCCGUGUUCCACCCUUGCCGAACUUAGACUGGAAGUUCUGGGCUCGAUCGUUGCACCACCAGUGGCUAUUACAAAUUAUGUCCUUUCUAUAUCCCCCACCCUACUGACCAAUCAGAUUCCACCUCUCAUAUCACUUGAAUUCAAACAAAGUGGCGGCGCCCAGUCAAGAUGAUUUCAUCAUAUGUGCAUAAUAUCACUUGAGCACCUUGAUUAAAAACAUGAAAAGAUUUGUAAAAUAUCUGUCAACGCCAAAUUGACGGUACCCAUGCUCUGCAAAUUCUGCAAUUGAACGAAUUAGGCACAGCAGUUGUCAUGUUGUUAUGAACCGGAUGUUGAUUUCGUGAAUGGAUUUUGAUUUGACUAGAUAAAGAUGCGUUAGUCCAGCCAAACUGUAACUCCACAAUUCCAGCCUAGUUCAGCAAGGGUGGAAAUUGGUCUUUCAAAGUCGGUUAACUCCCUUGCUUCAGGAAGAUGAGGUACAUAACCCAUAUUUUUCUGAUUAUGAUUCUAGGUUCAAGCCUGUGGGUUUCACCAAAGUGGUACAUGUCUAAGACCUAUAUUCCUUAGGGCAUCCCACGCAAAUCAAGUUAUUAUGCUGUGUCAUAAUUGAAAUACCACAUCACUUCAGGUUUUCUUCCACAUCAAGCUGACGUGCCAUGAUAUAACUGAAAUACUGUUCAUAGUGGCGUUAAAACCCAGCUCACUUACUCUAGAAUUGUUUACCAUUGUGUGGGUAUUGUUUUCUUGUUUAUAUCCUGUUUACACAUUUCAUGUGUAUUUGAUUUAGUUAUGGACUAAUGAUUGCUAGUUUUCUUAUGUUGAUUUCAAAGAUCUGUUGAUACUAUCAGUUACCACAUGUUGUCAUUAAAGUUUGGUGUCUGCAUGUAAUUUAGAAAAUGUGAAUUUAUUACAUAUCAUUUUAAUUCAAACAUAUCACAUGUAUUUGAUUGAAUUAUUGCCAGGUAUUUUAGUGAGGGUCAGCCAGGAAUCGGGACAGUGCUUUGUGUCCUGGCUAGUGUUUGUUUAAACUGUCUAAGAAUACACUGAUUUUGUAUACAAAGUCAAUGGUGUUUUUGUUAAACGCUUGAUACUGAAGUCAUAUGAUUAAGAAUCUUUUUAACAUUUUACAGAUUAGAAAAGAGGAACAAGAUUGCUCGGAGAAAAAAUGUUUCUAUUGAGUUUUGCGAACAAAACAUUGAUAAAAUAGACAAAUUGACAAUUUGAUGGCAUGUAAUCUGAAAAUUUAGUUCCGAGUUCAAUGUAAACAUUUAUAGAACAAUAUCUAUCUUCAGAGAAAUGUGUUGGAAAAUGUAUAUGUGAUAAGCUGAUGAGGAUGUGUGCCAUAUAAUUUUUUUAAAGUUUGAUUAUCUUCUCGUCUUAUCAGCAGAGGACUUGUACCAGAAAAUUUACAAUAUUUUCCCUAAAACUUGAUAGUUUUUUCAUCUAAUCAACAGAAUUAAAGGAUGCUGUUCACAGCCUGACCUCUUGCAUGUUGGUUGAAGCCAGAAAUAUACGGAUACCCUUUCUUUAUAUCACAUUGUGAGAUGAACACAUGCUUGACAGGGUUGACUCCCUGUCAUGUCAUGUGUGUUGUACUCUGGUGUAUGUAAGUGUCACACUAUUUUACCUGGGAACCCUAUACUGAUCUGUACACAUAUGAAAUGGCAUACCCUGCAUCCUUUGUCAGAUAAGUGCAGUACUUACACUUGUUAUGUGUCAUGAUAUUUGGAAGAAUAAAUCUUAAAGAAAUAUAUAUAUAUAUA